AUGAAUGUAUGCAUAUCUAUCUAUCUAUCUAUCUAUCUAUCUAUCUAUCUAUCUAUCAAUAUAUGUAUCUAUCUAUCUCACUCUGAUACUGCAAAUAUGGUAUUUCUCAUUUUCUCUAUCUAUCCCAAUUUGUUCAUAUCUAUCUAUCUAUCUAUCUAUCUAUCUAUCUAUCUAUCUAUCUAUCUAUCUAUACUAAUUUGUUCAUAUCUAUCUAUCUAUCUAUAUAUCUAUCUAUCUAUCUAUUCCAAUUUGUUUAUAUCUAUCUAUCUAUCUAUUCAUUCCAGUUUGUUUAUAUCUAUCUAUCUAUCUAUCUAUUCAUUCCAAUUUGUUUAUAUCUAUCUAUCUAUCUAUUCAUUCCAAUUUGUUCAUAUCUAUUUGUCUAUCUCUCUAUCUCUCUUUCUAUCUAUCUAUAUAUCUAUUCCAAUUUGUUCAUAUCUAUCUAUCUAUCUAUCUAUCUAUCUAUCUAUCUAUCUAUCUAUCUAUACUAAUUUGUUCAUAUCUAUCUAUCUAUCUAUCUAUACUAAUUUGUUCAUAUCUAUCUAUCUAUCUAUCUAUCUAUUCCAAUUUGUUUAUAUCUAUCUAUCUAUCUAUCUAUCUAUCUAUCUAUCUAUCUAUCUAUUCAUUCCAAUUUGUUUAUAUCUAUCUAUCUAUCUAUUCAUUCCAAUUUGUUUAUAUCUAUCUAUCUAUCUAUCUAUCUAUCUAUCUAUCUAUCUAUCUAUUCAUUCCAAUUUGUUCAUAUCUAUUUGUCUAUCUCUCUAUCUCUCUUUCUAUCUAUCUAUAUAUCUAUUCCAAUUUGUUCAUAUCUAUCUAUCUAUCUAUCUAUCUAUCUAUCUAUCUCAAUUUUUCCCAUUAGAGAUAUUUCGAAACUUCAGAAAAAGCCCUUCUAUGGAAACAAUUUUUUGUAGUUUGUUUUCUCUCCUCUCCGCGCUUUCUUUCUUUCUUUCUUUCUUUCUUUCUUUCUUUCUUUCUUUCUUUCUUUCUUUCUCGACCCUUGUCGCCUGCGCGAUCUCCGAAUUUGCUCUCAAACUCGUUCUUGUUUACUCUCCGGCUUCCAAAAUUCUUUGA